GUCAGCUGUAAUAAAUGGUCCGCCCCUACAUUUUACUCCAUUUUAUUCCCAACAUACUUAGCAGUGGCUUAUACGAGCUGGAAGGAAGAUGGCGGACAGACUAGUGCCCUUGGGUGAGAAGAGACUCAUGGAUGUCAAACUUGGUGAGCUGACAUCCUGGCUUGGUACAAGAGACUUCACCCCUAAUGGACUCCUAAAUGGGAUUCGCAGAGGCCAUGACCGAUAUUACAACAAGUACAUUAAUGUCAAGAAAGGAAGUAUUGGUGGUGUUGCAAUGCUCCUUGUUGGUUAUGUCGCAAUAAGUUACAUUUGGGGAUAUGAUCAUAUUAAGCAUGACCGCUGGAGGAAGUACCACUGAACCUGCUUACACGGUUGACCAGAGUCACCAACCUUGUCUGCAGAAGUGUGAUCAGCAUACAUUCACCUUUAUGUGUAUAGUGACUUGUUAUGCCCAAGAAAUAAACAAACUAUUGAUGGAAGUCCCAAUUUUAUUUUAAACUUGAGGCCUGGAAAUAAAAUACUAAAUGCUUCUGGAAA